AUGUCGGGCCGAAAGGGGGAUGAGGGCGUGAUUUACGUGGGCCAUCUGCCCCACUGCUUCAUGGAGCGGCCGAUGAGAUGCUUUUUCAGCCAGUUUGGCAAAGUCUUGCAGGUCCGUGUCUCCCGCAACAAGGAGCAGAAGUCGCGCGGGUAUGGAUAUGUGAAGUUCGCUAGCCGCGCGGUGGCAAAGAUUGCAGCAGAGACGAUGAACAAUUACCUUAUGUUUAAUAAGAUACUGAAGGUUAGCUACUUGGAGACGUGGAAUGACAAUUUAUUCUGGCAUGGGUGUGAAUAUGAACGUCAACCCACUCCCCACCGGGCCAUAUACAGGGAAGAGUACAAUGCGCCUAAGAACGAGGAAAAGUGGGAGGCAGAGAUGGAGACGGUAAAGAGUGCUCGGUUGCGAACACUAGGUAAGCUAAAGGACCUAGGGUACGAGUACGAGAUGCCCCCUCUGUUUUACCAUGCACCAAUGGACGGUAACGAGGCAGAAAACGCAGAGAAUGCAGAGGGCAACGAGACAGAGAGUAAACAACCGUAUCUGUGUCCCAGUGUUAUCACUUACUGA